CUUUCUCCAUUAUCUAUGGAGAAUAUAUCCUUCUUGAUUCCCGAUUAUGCAAAGGCGGCCACAAAUUAAGAGGAUUGGCUAAAAAGUUGGGAUCUCUGAGACAAAAUAAUCUAGCUAAAACACCACCCUCCUACCUUCAAAAAGUAGUUGUGGAUUGCUUGAAUUCAGUGUUAGAACUCACCAAAUGCGUGGUUGAGCUCAAGCAAUGCCCACAUUACUCUCCCUCGCAAUCAAUAAUUUUGGCCUUACCAAUGACUACCUAUUGGAUAGCCACAAUUCUUAUUGACGUUAGUGGAGCAUGUGUCUGUGAUGCGCACUUCAAGGUCUACCAAAAUGAACUUGGGGAGCUAACUGCUUUAACGGCUAAAAUAUUGGCUACUUUCUCUCCGGAACUAGAAAAGAAAAGGGAAGAAGAAUCUUAUCAAACAUUGCGACAUGCAUUGCAUCACAGUUCUUCUAAUAGGGCAGAAGUUUUUAAAUUAAUGUUCAAUGCGAAGAAUGAUGAUGAGAAGAUAUUCCGUAAUUCCAAUGAUGUUUGGGGAUUAAAUCUUGGAAAAGAUCGUAGGACAGUGAUUCUGCUAUUAACAUCAAGCUUUGACAUUUCUAAUGGACGCAUACAUUUUUUAAAUUGGUUUUAUCACAACUCAGAACCAUAUAUUAUUUGGAUUCCAAUCACAGAGAAGGAUGCAUCAUGGACCAUUAAAGAUGAACAGCAAUUUGAAAAAUUAAAAGAGAAAAUGCAUAUGUUAUUCUGGUUGAAUGAUCCACAGAAAAGACUGUUGCCACACUUCACUAGAUUUGUUAAAGAGGAGCUAUUUCUAAAGUUUAAGAUGGGAUGGGGAGAUGAGGCUAUCCUUGUUUCAAUAGAUCAGAAAGGAAGAAUUGUUCAUCCAAAUGUCAUGCAUAUGAUACUCACUUGGAAUUAUGAGUAUAUUGAAAAAAAUACAAUAGGAGUACAGAGAUUAUAUAAUAUAGCUCCCUUGGUGGAAAAGGAGGUGAAAGAAGGGACUUCUGGCGUUAAUCGUGUUUUGCCUGAAAUUGGUAAAAUGAUUAAUGAUUUUUUAAGGGAAAUUGGUGGUAAGAUAAAUGCUUGGGCAGACUUGGUUGACAGCAGGAUACAAAAAGUGAUAGAAAAAUCUACUCCGUAUUACAGCGAUCGGGAGAAAGAUUUGUGGCAACAAGAAACAACUUGGAGUCUUCAUCUCCUGGCACCAAAAUUUCAAUCCUAUCAACCAAUUGGCAAACUGAUAAAUGAUUGGAUUCAAGAGGAGAAAUAUAUUUUCUUGUAUGGAGGAAAUGACAUAAAAUGGGUUCAAGAAUUCACUUCCAAGGUACGCGAAAUUGGUUCCAAAACCCAGUUACACAUAGAGUUGGUCUAUGUUGGAAGAAACAAGAAAAUAAGAGGAAUCAUAGAUAAAAACAGAAUGAGUAAUUCUUCAUUGCAAAAUUCACAAAGUGUAUGGUGGUUUUGGACUCGUCUUCGAAGUAUGUUUUUGUCUAGAAUUUAUUAUUUAGAUGCGAUUAAUUGCCCUGUUAAAGAAUACAACAAUGAUGAAAUUUUACAAGGGUUUAAAAAAUUAUUGGCCUACGAAAGCACGAAUACAACAAUUGAAGGAUGGGCCUUGUUGAGCAAAGGAGCAAAAGUGAUUGUAUGUGGACAUGGGACUAAAAUGUUGCGAGUCAUGAAUGAAUAUCAAAUAUGGGAGGAGAACAUAGCCCCCAAAGGUUUUGGACAAGCAUUCAAAGACCACCAUGAGAUGAUUUUCAUGAACAUGCAUUCUUGUUGUACACUGGAAUAUCCAAUGAACUUGGACAAAAUUCCUGAAAAUGAAACAUGCCAUGAGUGCUCUCGUAGUAUGCACAAGUUUUUAACUUUCACUUGUUGUCAUGGCCAUGAUGUUGACUCUGAUAAAGAUGCAGAAGAUAUAUAUCAGUACUAUUGAGAUUUUGUAUUUCAUAGUGUA